AACUCGAGCGCUCCCAAUCCGAUAAGUCUGGAUCCGUAAAUCUCUUAAACAGGCUGAAUGGUUUUAACCAUUAGCGUCAAAUUAUAUAAGUUCGUGUUUUGACCUGUGAAGGGAGUGGGACAUGUUUACCUUGUUCAGCUGAGUGAACGAAAUGAAUUCAUUCUCAAGGAAAGGUGUCUCAGGGAAUUUGUCCCUUCCUUCCACCACACUGAUACCAAUGUCUUCCAAGGAAGUGAAUUUCAGCUGUCUCUUCAAUGAGGAGUUCAAGUAUAUUCUGCUACCUGUAUCAUACUCACUGGUGUGUUUCCUGGGACUGAUACUGAACUCUGUGGCUCUGUGGAUGUUUAUCACUAAGAUGAGGCCCUGGAAACCCAGUACAGUGUAUAUGUUCCACCUCGCCCUGUCAGAUGCACUCUACGUGCUCUCCUUGCCAAUGCUCAUAUACUACUAUGCAAACCGCAGCCAUUGGCCUUUUGGUGUUUUCCUCUGUAAGAUUGUGCGGUUUCUUUUCUAUGCCAACUUGUACUGCAGCAUCCUUUUUCUCACUUGCAUCAGUGUGCACCGCUACCUUGGCAUCUGUCAUCCCAUUCGUACUCUGACUAUGGUGAAGCCACGCCAUGCCCACAUGGUCUGUGGUUUUGUCUGGACGGCAGUGAUAGCCUGCUUGGUGCCCAAGCUGAUUUUCGUCACCACUUCUCAGAGGGGCAAUGACACUUUGUGUCACGACACCAGCCGUCCAGAUGAAUUUCAUAACUAUGUUACCUAUAACUCUGUGGUAAUGGUGCUGCUGUUUAUUCUGCCAUUUCUGGUCAUCAUGGUUUGCUACUGUUUAAUGGCGUGGGCCCUUUGCCAACCCAGAAAGGGCCUGUCCCAAAGUCAACAGAGUUCAUCCCGGAGGAAGUCCAUUAAACUUAUCAUAUUGGUGCUGGUUGUGUUUGCAAUCUGUUUUGUACCCUUCCACAUCACUCGUUCCCUCUACUACGCCUACCGUAUUCUAGACGCAGAUUGCAAGUCCCUUAAUAUCGUCAACUUUGCUUACAAAAUCACUCGCCCUCUUGCCAGCAUGAACAGCUGUUUGGACCCCAUCCUCUACUUCCUGGCAGGGGAUCUCUACCGCUCUAAACUUAUAAGAGUUUUCACUAGGCAGACGCCGAACACUCGUUCUACAGCGUAUGUACAUGAAAACAACAUUGGACUGACCUUUAAGAACCCAGAUGCCCAAGCCAGCAAUGAGUCGAGACUCUAGACCCACAUACCCAGACAUUUUGGGUAAUAAUUUAAAAAGCUGUUCUGAAAGACUGCCUCAAAUUGUAGAAUGUGUUCUGUCAAAAUCCAUGUCUGCUAAGUCACACGUAUACCCAGAAGAAUUCAGAACAGUCUCGUUGUAAACACUACAGCGUAGAUAAAAGUGAAGGAGUCUCUUUGGAGAAAGGAUGUGGUUUGCUUCCUUUGUGCACUCCUAAGGUUUUUUCCAUUCGGUAUGAUUGCUGGUAAUGUAUUUAAGAGAAACUUCAGCUCAUAAAAGCACUGAUGGCCAAUCACUCCUAUGGUUACUUGUAAUGUUGAAGUUUCUCACUGUUGUUCAAGGACAGAACUUGGCAGUGUUGGGAAUCUGUCAACACUGAAAACAAAACCCACUCUUUAUCCCAGAGAUGGACUCUGGCCUUUGACUGUUACUACAGAAAUGCCAGCACAAAGCCUUUUGUGUGUUCUGUUAUGUCUGAAGGUCCUAUGGUAGGAAAUAAAGGUGCUGUUAAAAUGUCAUUUAUUUGAAUUAACCCGAGAGGUUGGAAGCCUUUUGAGGCACUUUUAGUGAAAAGGUGAAUGGUUGUGGGGGAGGCUGAACGUCAAGCUGCAGUUGUGCAGAUAUCCCCUCUUGGCCUGCUUCAUUCCUCGUACAGCUGUUUUUGUCCUUUGGUGGAGAAGAUCUACAGCUGUGUUGUACAUGUGUUUGUGUGUAUUUGUGAGUAAUUGCAUAGCAGGGCUGAGUGAAGAAAAUAAAAAGAUGGAAGAAAUCA